CUCUACUCCGUACUCUGUACACCUAUAUCGAAAUCACACCUCGACCAGGGCCCGGUUACAUCUUCUACUCUCGCUAUAAUUUCGUACCUUUCUUGCAACUUUCUUGGACUCGGAAUUGUUCUUCCACUACAAGGCAGCCAGCAAAUGCAUGUCCCAAAGGAGACGAUUCAUGGACCCAGCUCUAUCCUAACGCAAAGGAAAGAAUGUUCGGCGGCCAACUUCAAGCUGGAGACUUCGUCAACCUCGGUUGAUGAGACUCGUAAUGCGCUUUCUCGCAAGACUCCGAACCUGGUAGCGAGCAAUGGUGAGGACAUAGGUUCUACGAAAGCGGCAUAUGGACAGCUUGCCAGCAUCAUAAGUGCUGCGACUCAUACAGCACUGCCUAGAUGGACAAAUAUAGUUUUGGUGUUCACUUUGAUAUUUGGUGGCUGCUGCGCCAAUGUUUUCGCGCUCGAAGCAAUCAUUAAAGAUCAGCCAAGCUCUGGUCCCUUGAUAACAUUCGCUCAAUUUCUUCUAACCUCGCUCUUAACGGCCCCCGUGUUUCUCUCUUUGUCAGCUGGACCACAGUCACUUUAUCUCAGCCCGCGUGCCAUUCCACUAAGAUCAUGGCUAGUCUACACAGCAUUUUUUGUUACGGUCAAUCUUCUCAACAAUUGGGCCUUCGCAUACAAGAUCUCUGUUCCUCUACACAUUAUUCUCAGAUCUGGAGGCCCAGUAGCUUCUAUGGGCAUUAGCUUUCUAUUCAAUGCCAAGAGAUACCCGCGAGGUCAGGUCUUUGCAGUACUGAUGCUUACUCUGGGUGUUGUCACGGCAGCAUUGGCGGACGCUAAGGCUAAAGGCCAGUCUAUGAGUAUGGAAAACGCAUCUGCGGCUACCACUUUAGUCGGCUUCACAGUUCUUGCCUUAGCGAUGAUUCUCUCGGCUUUCCAGGGAAUAUAUGCCGACAGGCUCUACGAAAUGUAUGGCAGGGAUCACUGGAAAGAAGCUCUGUUCUACUCCCACACGCUAUCGUUGCCGCUUUUUUUACCCGCUUAUACGCUACUCGUGAGCCAAUGGCAAAUGCUAUUCUCCGCACCCCCCCUCACUUCCAGGCUUCAAACUUCGAUCUCGAGUGAAACCGGUCUUUUGGGCCAUGCAUCCGCCGGCUUUGAAAGCAUUGAUGUCUCGGAAGAGUCGUGCGGGGCUCGAUCUUUAACGCCAAUUUUUGGAGGUCUAUCUGGGCUGGUGCCCAAUCUGAUGGACAUUUCUCCAUUACGGUCAAUCGCCACAUUUAUCCCGAUACGCGCGACUUACCUUUUAAUCAAUGCUAUGACACAGUAUCUAUGCAUUCGAGGUGUUCAUCUGCUCUCUGCGAAGUCAUCCUCACUAACCGUUACUGUCAUCCUAAAUAUUCGGAAGCUCGUAUCCCUUCUUCUCUCCAUUUACAUGUUUGGAAAUACUCUCUCCCCAGGCGUGCUUAUUGGGGCAUUGUUCGUUUUCAUAGGUGGUGCCUUGUAUGGAUUUGAGGGAGCGCGGCCUAGGAUGAAGUCUGCCAAAAGAGUAUAGGGCUCGUUCCAUAACAUGUUAUAAUCAUUACCCUCUUUGCGGCAAUCUUUGACAACAGAGGUGUUUUCGGCUGAGAAGGGUAGAGACAGAAGUAUAUUAGAGGCAACUUCCAGAGGUUUCACUAAUGUUGCCAAUGCACAAUCCAGAACUGGUAUUAGCUUGGCUCCGAGAAUUUAGAGCUACCGGCUCUUGCACAAUGGCCUUAUUUCUUGGUGUUCACAUGAGGCUAUUGUGAUUUAUCAUGGCUCAUGUAGUAAGCCAAAGUCUAGUAUAUAGUUACAAAACU